UGUAUCUGUAUAUAUUGUCUCUUCUCUCUCCCCGCAGCAUUAUUGGUCUAUUGGACUUUGGCAUUUAUUACUAAAACCAUCAAGUUUGUGAAGUUUUGUGACAAUGGCGUUGGGUUCCUGCAGCUGCGCUUCUGCCUCACCGGAUUACUGACGAUACUCUACGGCAUGCAGCUGGUGGUAGAGAUCAAUGUCAUCAGAGUGCGGAGAUAUGUCUUCUACAAAUGUCCCAGAGAAGUGAAGCCCCCAGAGGACUUGCAGGAUCUGGGGGUGCGCUUCCUGCAGCCCUUUGUGAACCUGCUCUCCAAGGGAACGUACUGGUGGAUGAAUACGUUCAUAAAAACUGCGCACAAGAAGCCCAUCGAUCUGAAAGCAAUUGGGAAGCUGCCGAUAGCCAUGCGGGCCGUCACCAACUACAUCCUGCUCAACCGAGCCUUCCAAGCACAAAAGUCCAAGUCUUCCCCUUGCCCCCCAGGCUCCCGCUCCAUCUGGUGCGCCCUGUGUCAUGCCUUCGGCAAACCCCUUAUCCUCGGCAGUGUCUUCCGCAUCAUGGCCGACAUGUUGGGGUUUGCUGGUCCGCUCUGUGUGUCUGGGAUUGUACAUCACCUGAGCCAGGAGAACGAGACCUUCCACCCACGGACUGUAUUUUUUGGGGUUUCAUUUAUCUCAUCACAGGAGUUUUUGGCGAAUGCCUAUGUCCUGGCGGUUCUGCUGUUCUUCGCCCUCCUCCUGCAGAGAACAUUCCUUCAGGCCUCUUAUUAUGUCGCCAUUGAGACCGGAAUCAACCUGCGGGGAGCAAUACAGACUAAGAUCUACAAUAAGAUUAUGCAUCUUUCCACGUCCAACAUGUCCAUGGGAGAGAUGACGUCCGGCCAGAUCUGCAACCUGGUGGCCAUCGAUGCCAAUCAGCUCAUGUGGUUCUUCUUUUUGUGCCCCAACCUCUGGGCGAUGCCUGUCCAGAUCAUUGUGGGGAUCAUCCUCCUCUAUUAUAUCCUGGGGAUAAGUGCUUUAAUCGGAGCAGCCGUCAUCAUCGUUCUGGCCCCUGUCCAGUAUUUUGUAGCUACAAAACUCUCUCAAGCCCAGAGGAGCACGCUGGACUAUUCCAAUGAGCGUCUGAAGAAGACCAAUGAGAUGCUUCGAGGGAUCAAGCUGCUGAAGUUGUAUUCCUGGGAGCACAUAUUUCACAGCAGCGUGGAGGAGACACGGCAGAAGGAGAUGACCAGCCUUAAAGCAUUCGCCUUAUACACCUCCAUAUCAAGUAUGUGCCCACACUAACAGUGACCCAUGCUG